AUGUUCUUGCUUCGACGCGCCCCACUACGUGCAAUUCCACGACUAAACACUAUUCGCCCUCAGCGGCGACUGCUCGGCAGCGUCAGCGCAAUUGAUUCAGUCAUCUUUCGCACCCUCUUUGGCACGGAUGAGAUUCGAAAAGUGUUCGACGACAAGGCAUACAUUGACCGAUGCGUCGACGCUGAGACAGCCCUGGCCAGGGCACAAUCAAAAUGCAACGUCAUCCCCUCUCACAUUGGGGAAGUUGUGACAUCAAAAGCCAGGGAGGCGCAGCUCGACUAUGACAAGCUACGUCGUGAGACUGAAAUUGUCGGAUACCCCAUCUUCCCGUUAGUACGCCAGCUGUCUGCAUCCUGUGGUGAUGAGGCCGGCCGCUACGUGCAUUGGGGCGCUACCACGCAGGAUAUCAUGGAUUUGGCAAGCAUUCUGCAGAUGAAGGAAGGCCUCCAGAUUGUCGAGCGCACACUACGGUCCGUCAUUAAGAAUCUUGAACAUCUCUCGAAAAAGCAUAGAGAUACGCCCAUGGCUGGCCGCACACACUUGCAACAUGCUCUUCCUAUCACAUUUGGCCACAAGUGCGCCAUCUGGCUUUCAGGAUUUCAAAGACACCUUGAACGCUUGGAACAGCUCAAGGACCGCGCACUAAUGGUGCAAUUUGGAGGAGCUGCGGGUUCCUUGGCUUCACUCGGCUCAGGCGACCAUGGCAUUCGUGUUCGAAAGGAGAUGGCAAAAGACCUUGGGCUUACAGAUCCUCCCAUUACUUGGCAUGUUGCACGAGACGGCGUUGCAGAGAUCACCAAUUAUCUUGCACUCGUUGGUGGAUCUCUAGGAAAAUUGGCCCUAGACAUUAUCAUCAUGUCAUCAAACGAGCUCUCCGAGGUAUCAGAGCCGUUUGUGCCACACCGAGGCGCCUCGUCUACUAUGCCGCAAAAGAGGAAUCCCAUUUCAAGCGAGGUCAUUCUGGCGGCGUCAAAGAUCUUAAGAUCAAAUGCAGGCUUGGUGCUUGAUGGCAUGGUGUCAGAUUUCGAGCGCGCUUCUGGACCAUGGCAUCUGGAAUGGGUGGCUGUCCCAGAAAGUUUUGUCAUUGCAGUUGGUGCACUCAACCAGGCUGACUUUGCGCUUUCUGGGCUAGUUGUGAAUCCCAAGCAAAUGCUCACGAAUCUAUAUUCGACAAAGGGCCUUAUCGUGGCUGAGGCUGUCAUGAUGGGUCUUGCGCCACAUGUUGGUCGCUCAAAAGCACACGAUAUCGUUUACGAGGCAUGCAAGGAGAGUAUAGAGCGUGAUACCAGUUUGUUAGAAGCUCUGCAGACACGGUCUGAGAUAACGGACAAGAUCUCUUAUGAGGAAUUGAGCUCGUUAUGUGAUGCCAAGAACUACCUGGGUUCGUGCGGACUCAUGGUAGAUGAAGUCUUAGCUGCAUCGAAAUAG